AUGGCGAGCCCGCUCAAAGCACCGCACAAGGACAACGAGACGGAGGACGAGUCCGACGUUCCGUCUCUCGUACAUCUCUGCCUCUCGCAAGCCGGUCGCCUGCCCAUUGUGCGAUGCUCACUCGCCGACGUUCCAAUCAGCAUCAUACAUCGACUAUUCCGCGCCGUAGUCGAAACAAAAUCGCUCAACGACGACACGGCGCCUCUCUUCCGCGACACAGAAUGUUGGUACGCACGUUUCGCUCCUCACUACUCGUUCCACGAGCUGAGUCACGAGAUAUUGCGAACAAUCGCGUCUCUGCGCUCGGUUCGUCUCCUAGACGUGUGGAACUGCGUGUUAUCAGCUGAUGUUGUGGAGGCAAUUGGGAGGUACACGAGCUUGAGCACGCUGUUGAUGACCAGGACGAAGAGUGUGGAGGGUGGAGAGAGGCAAGGGACGGAUGAUGGAUUGAAGGCAACACCUACGACGUACAUAUCAACUAUUAACUCGCUAACUCGUCUAACAAAUCUUACGGUCGGAUACAUCGAGACCAUCGACGUAUCUCAGUUGACGAACCUCGAGCUCCUGCAAGAACUACACAUAGUCGGCUGCUUGAGUCUACAAAAUCCUUACAAACUUACUUCGUUUUCUCAUCUUAACACUCUACAGUAUUCAGACUCGUGGGUGAACAAGACGUUUCAUGGCCCAGAAAGACUUGUGGACUGGCAGAUGACUCUUAAAGUCAUACUACGUCUCAAUCAGUUGUCGUGCUUGAUUCUCACUAAAGUUAACAUCAAGGACGACUUUAUUAAAGACAUGACUGAUAUGCACUGUCUAAGAUAUUUGGAUGUUUCGUUUAGCGGUUUAAGUUUUGGAGGUCUCUGUCUCAUGCUGGCGAACACUACGAAGUUAAAGCAAUGUGUGUGUGUUGGGGUUAAGUUGCCUUCUGAAGAGUCGGUUGGGGAUAUGUUUGGUGGCGUAUCGGCAGGAGAUGUCUUGGUUUUGUCAAAUAAGAGCAGCAUUGAAGAGCUAGUUGAUUUGCUGUAUGUUCAUCGACGAGCCGCGAAAACGGUCGAAUCGCUGAUUGAAGUAAUUUCAAAAGAGUGUCAUUCGAGAGGCUGUAACUUAUAUCAACCGACUGCCGCUGCAGUUCAGGAAAAUCACGUACCGGUUCAAAAUUACAGAUACCUAUUGAAGACGAUGAUGCAUAAUACUGGAAUGACGAGAGUGUGUACUAAUGCUUUACGCUUGCUCCGACCUCCCGACGAUCCAACGGAUGAAUUCUUAGAGAAACUAGGAAGCAAAGAACUGUUCGACACAAUAAUACACAUUGGUUCUCUGUGCAUACAUACCGAGUAUGUGUAUGUACCACGUUUGAGUCUCACUUGUCUGUAG